AUGAUUGUCGGAGGGCGGCGUCGGAACGUGGGGACGCGCCGAUUCCGGAUGACACCUGACCAGUGGCCAGCGGCAAGCCCGACGGCGAACGCGCAUUUGCAUAUGCACUCUGGUUCUCUACGUCUCCGGAGCCGUGCGAAGCCAACGCCGGCCGCCGAGAAAGCAUCGAUUGUGCCGUCGGCGCUGUCUGCGACGCUAGCUCAUUCGCCUGCUAUUUUGCGACAAAUGAGUCGCGCACGCCACUCUCAUUCCGCAACUGUUAAAUCGUCGCUGCCACGGUUUUGGUCUGAUCCGUGCAAGGAGAGCUUUUCUCUUUUCACUGAAAAGCAUUGGAAGGAUUUUUCAAGGCUGGCGGAUCUGAACUAAAGAAUUUUAGUUUUCACGUGAUUUCGAGUCUAUUGAAUGAGUUUUACAAUUCGAUCAGAAAGCAUUUAAUUCUUUCAAAUCUGUUCACCAUGAGGUCUUUUCUUUCUUCAUCAAUCGAACCAACAAGGAAUUUUCAGCAGAUUAAAAAUAACUUCGACGCUUCGCCUUUUUUUAAAAAAAGUUUUUCAAAUCCAUUUCAGAAAAAAAUAUUGGAUGAGCUUUGUGUUAAUACCUCAAAAAAAUCUGGUGAGGGAAACUACGGUUUUAGAAUUUGAAGGACUUCUUAUAAAAAAAGCUAAAUUAAAUCCAAAAACAAGAUUUUUCUGAAAUCAUGAAAUUUAAAAACUCUAGGUAAUGGUAAUAAAAAAAUGAUGUAAAAGUUAUUUUUUUCAGUAAGGUUUUUAAGCGGAGUUAAUCAAAAUAAUUCUCCGAAUUUUUUUCUCGGGAUAAUAAAGGAAAAAAAGAAAAAAAAUAUGUAGAAAACGUUUAAAAAAAGUUCUGAUGACACUAUUCCAAAAAAAUAUCAAAUGCCGAAGUGUGGUGAAAAAGCUUUAAAAAAAGAUCAGCAAAGAAAAAUAAAUUUACAAUUUUUCUUUUUUUAGGACGCCAAUGAACGAAAGAAAAAAAUCAAAAUCGAAGAAAAAAAUUCUCCAAAAAAAUUCUCUAAAUUUUUUUCUCAUAAGAUAGGAUAAAAUGAAAAAAACGGAAAUGACAUACCAGUUCUUAUAUAAGAUCAGUUUCGCUUUAGGAGAAAGACGGAUUAGUAAUAAGACUACAAGAGUAGAUUCGUAACUGAAACGGCAGAGUCACGAAGCGUCCAGAUGGGAAGCAGGCGCGCAGCUCUUCGCGGCAAACAAAACCUUUGUCCGCCAGUUGAAUUCAACACUGUCUUUUCAUCUAGCUACAGAUGGUUUCAUUUGUUCACAAAAGUUUUUUUUUUCUGAAUAGCUGGACAACUUGCUUGGAAAACAAAAAUGCAGGUUUAGACAAAAAUUUUCACACAAUAUACAGAUGCAAAAAUGUAUAAGUUUUGUUUUUUCAAGGCGGAUUUUGUACUGCAAUAUAAACUCAACUUCUUGUUAAAGGGAGCACGAAAAAAAUCAUGUCGGUGAAUUUGUUCACGCGGUGAAAUUCUGAUCUGAAACCAAGGCACCGGUUCAAAACAGUUUGUAUCGUUCUGAUUCCAAGGCACCUAGAUGAUUUACUCAAAAAAUCAAAAUAUUUAAUUGAAACCGAAAUUUUGUCUCAUUGAGAUUAGAUUCCACGCCUAAUAAGUUACUCUGCGCAUUAGGAACAAUUUCAAAACUUGCUUCUCAAUUUUGACAACAGAAAGCCAUUGUAUUCCGUGUAUUUUCUUCACUCGAAGUGGCAGCUCUCAAUAGGCCAAGGCUGCCCUAGAGGGAACACGACGUCCGUGCCCGUACCCUCAAAACAGAGGGAUCUACUUGUGGAAGAACAAGGCGAAGGACUGUUAGACCCUGCUUUCAAUUCAGUCGACUACACGAUUUGACUUCUUUUUUGCUAACGCCAAGGGGUGUUAGUACCCUUCAAAAGAGCAAUUUUUUCACCGUCCUGUCGAUUCCAUCUGACUAAAAAAACCAAUAAAUAUUGAUAUUGAUAUUGAUUAAUGAAAUCCCAUUCCCUUGCAUUUGUGCAACUUUUUGUAAGGGAAAGUGAGAAGGUGCGUUAGCCGCGCAGAGUCCGAACAUUGGAAGGUUUUCAAGAAUUGAAGAGGAUUUUCGGAGUCUCAAAUAAAAAUUAAGUCUUUUUUUGGCCUCGAAUGGCUAUUCUGGCUCAAUAAGAAAAAGGCUCGAAUCGAGAAGUGAAAUAAAAGGUUUAGUUUCUCAAAUUUUGGAUGGAGAAUUUCCUUCUUUUUCAAAAAUAUUCUCAGAAAAUGACUUUUUUCAGCCAUAUUUUCCCACAUUUUCCUUUGCCCUAGUACAGUACUCGGUUUCAGAAAAACAGGUGUAUAUUAACCAUCGAUAUGAUUGCAAACAACAAAAUCUGUUAUUAUUAUUUGCUUUGCAUCGACAAAACCAAUAAUUUGAUCUCUAAAAACAUUUCUGUAGCGCCUGUUGUGACCAUCGAACAAGAGUGAUAAAGAAAGGUGACAGUCUGUCGCUCUUCAGUAUGCAAUUGAUCGUCGAACCUGCGGACUCUCUCGUCCACGAAGUCGUUCAUAUAUCUUUGUCGGGUUUGCCGUCUUCUAGAAAUUUCCGUCUGGAGCUCAGGUAAAUCAAUAAUUUUUUUUUAACGAUUCAAAAUAAUUUUUCGUUUGCUAAGGAAAACUUGAAGAUUCUUGAAUAUUUGAGAAUUUUUUGGUGAAAAUUUAGGAUUGUAUGAAUGUUUACGUCCACUUUAAGCUGCUUUAUUUGAAAAUCAUGAAUAAUUUCUUUCUGUUUUUUAUUCCGGUAAAGGCUGCUUUUUUGUUUGAUAAAUUGAUGAAGGUAAAAUUAAAACUUCCUUGACUGGAAUCAAAAGUGCAAAGUGACUUUUUGUGACUUAGAAACUUCGAAGUACAUUUUCGCAAAGUUUUUUUUUCUUUGCCGACCACAUGAAACAACUUUUAUUGUAAGAUAAACUUUUCCAGGCUUCUUCAUAGCAAUGGAAUCUAUCGAUCCUACGGCGUUUUCAGAAGUGAUGAAUGUGGAUCCAUUGAUUUGGCUAAAAAUAAACCAAUUCGAGGGACAUAUUCAGGUUUCAAAGUGCACGUGUACCUGGUGGAACUGAUAAUGAUAUUGACUUCAUUCUAGCCACUCGACCAAUGGGUUUGUUCGAAAGUGUCGCUCCAACAGAUCAAGUAAAACCUGGCUGGUACUGCAAAUGUACACCACCCGAACCGUUCAACUAUAACUUAUUGUAUCUACAUUCUUGAAAAAGAAUUUUUUUGAAAAAAAGAACAAUUUAAGAGUGUUUGAUGAAGCUGGAAAGAAGAUUCUUGAGAAAAAGAUCGUUAAAAGAUGGCUUCAUCCGGAAGUUCAGCGAAUCGAAAUUCAAGAAGGAAAAGUGAGGGGGACGAUGUUCAAACCCCCAGGUGUUCUUUAUUCCAUUCUACCACAGUUAAACAAAAAAAUAAAGCUCAGAAAUAAUUUAGAAUCGUUUGAUAUAUUCAUAUUAUUACUUUUUUCACCCGAAGUAGGGAAGAUGCCAAAUUCACACUUGAAUUUUUUUCCUUGAAAUUUAAUUCAAGCAAAUUUUUUAUGUUUUUCUUGAUUUUGUUACAUUUGAAAUAGAUUUAUCAAGUUUGAAAAAAGUUGAAUAGAAACAAGAAGUAUAACUUCAUCAAGUUACAGGCGAUGGCCCGUUUCCGACUGUAAUUGACAUUUCUGGGACAGGAGGAGGACUUCAUGAGCAAAAAGGAGCCGCAUUGGCCAGCCGAGGGUUUUGUGUUCUGAGUUUGGCUUUCUUCCAGUACAAGGAUUUGCCGGUUUGGAUGAACAACGUGGAUCUUCAAUACUUUGAGGUUAGAGCGAGAAGGUUUUGAAUUAUAGGAACAAGUUUUUCAGGAAGCAAUCAAUUAUAUGAACUCAUUGCCGUUCACGGGAGAUAAGGUAGCUGUCCAAGGCGUUUCUUUUGGAGGAACCCUUGCGAUAUUGCUUGCAACAAGAUUUCCUCGGGUUUUCUCUUAUUUCGAAAUAGUUUUGAACUCCCUCCUAUUCAAGAUUGCUGCCGUUGUUUCGAUAAACGGAUCGUUCAACUUGGAUGAGGCGACGUUCUUGAAAGAGAACGGCGUUGACUUGCCCUAUGGAACGUAUGUCACAUUUUGAACAAUCGCUGGAAUGUUACAAAGACGGCCCAUUGAAAUUGAAUUCCGUCGAGACUUGAAGACGUAUUCAUUGCAAAUGCAAAUAACGUUUUUUUUAUUCAAAAGCAAACAAUUUAAAAAGAAGAUAGCGACAAAAAUUCCAAAGAGUUUCAGGCUCGACUUUUCGCACAACGAGUAUUUGAACGGUCUCUACGUUCACGCAAAAGUUGUGAGAUACUCGGAUGUUCCGGAAAAGGCACAGUUCCCCUUGGAAAGAACGCAACCAAACACGGCUUUUCGAUUCGUUGUUUUUAAACUUCUGCUUCCGAAAAGUUUUUAGUCUGUUUACAGUCCUCUUUGGAUGAUCUCAGCACUCCGACAGUUUUCUGCACCAAUUUCCUAACUGAGAAACUCAAAAAACUCGGGAGAAAAGUCGAAGUUCAUUACUUGCCUGGAGGACAUCUCAUGGACCCGCCCUGCUUCCCCGCACAUCCUACUGUUUUUUCCAGUUUUAUAGGUAUUUAUAUGAAGCGGUUUUUUAACGACGAUAAACUCUUUUUUCAGCCUCUCAUCAAGCUUAUGGAGGUGAAGACUCUAUACAUGGGGCCAGCCAAGGGGUCGCUUGGGAGAAAACAAUCAGUUUUUUAUGCAAAAACCUCGGACGACCAACGAAAAUUCCUUCCUACCGUGCAAAACUGUGA